UGUCGCGAAGAUAAGAGACGGAGUUGCUGCGUUUGAUUGGGUUGUGUCCCUAGGUGACUGUCUUGGAGCUGGGUCUUGAUACGCAGCCGUCGAAGUCGUGGAAGUGAGCUGGUGUCUAUUCAAGAAAACAAGCGGGAAGGUCGAAACAGAAGCAAACGAAAAUGAAUCCGGAUCGUUUCAUCAAGGGCCUGUCCGGGCAUCUGGAGCCGUCAGUGCGCACGCACCUGAAGAACGUCUACUCGGCGGUGUCUGUGUCGACGCUGGUGGCGGGCGCCGGCGCGACGGUGCACCUCUACACGGGCCUGCUGUCGGGCGGCCUGCUGUCGACGCUCGCCGCCCUCGGCUUCAUGGCAGCGCUCAUGUUCACGCCUGACGACGGCAAGAACACCGGCAGGCGGCUGGGCCUGCUGGCCGGCUUCGCCUUCUGCUCAGGUCUGGGCCUGGGCCCGCUUCUGCAGAUGUCGCUUUACAUCAACACGACUCUGAUCCCGACGGCCUUCCUGAUGACGAGCGCAGUGUUCGUCAGCUUCACGCUGGCCGCCCUGUACGCCCGCCGCGCCCAGUUCCUCUUCCUGGGCGGCAUCCUUGGCUCCGGACUCUCCAUGAUGCUGAUGCUCUCGCUGGCCAACCUCUUCUUCAAAUCGCGGAUGAUUUUCCAGCUGGAGCUGUACGGCGGCCUGCUGCUGUUCUGCGGCUUCAUCCUGUACGACACCCAGCUGAUCAUCGAACGCCGCCGUCGCGGCGACAAGGACUACGUGUGGCACGCCCUCAUGCUCUUCGUCGACCUCGUGGACGUGUUCCGCCACAUCCUGGUCAUCCUCAUGCAGAAGGAGAAUCGGAACAAGAAGAAGAACUGAGCGCCGUGCCGACGGCGCCGGCCUGACUGCCGCAUAUGCUGCACGUGCACGUGUGCGUGUUCUGCUCGGAGCACGGCCAGUCUCGCCGCAUAUAUUAACGCCUCGAGCUUCUCCGUAAUCGGCAUAUCGUUCGGACUUGUAUCCGAGGGCAACUAAUUUGCGAUAAUAAUUCUGCGCGUGUGUGCAAAGCAAGCGAGGGAGGGGGGCAUCCGUAAUACCGGGCCGCGAGGUGGCGUCCGAAGGCGUGAGUGGGCUUCAGUUGUGGGGGGGGGGG